AUGCCUCGUCAACGCCGUGGUGCCGCCCCCACUCCCGCGCGCAGCGCUCCCACCCGCCCUACCGCCGCUCCUGCCCGGCCGGCGCCUGCUCCGCAGCAGCAGCAGCCGCACUCGACGGCUGCUCACCCGCCCCAGCACGCUCCCCAGCAGGCGCCGCCCGUGCAGCAGAGCUCCGGCCCGGGUCUCUUCGGCCAAAUGGCCUCGACUGCAGCUGGUGUCGCAGUCGGUUCUUCGAUCGGUCACGCCGUCGGUGGUCUCUUCAGCGGUGGCUCCAGUGCCCCUGCUGAGCCCCAGCAGGCCGCUCCCCCGGCCGAGUCGCAGGCCAUGGACAACGGUCUGUGGCAGAGCAGCGCCGCCAACAGCUCCUACGAGACCCCGGCCUGUGAGACCGAUGUGCGCAACUUCCGGCGGUGCAUGGAUGAGCAGCAGGGCAACCUGAGCAUUUGCGGGUGGUACCUCGACCAGCUGAAAGCCUGCCAGGCUGCCGCCAAGCCGUACUAA